AAAACCCCAAUAAUCCCUCAAGGUAUCUUCCAGAAGAAACCAGAAGACUGCAAAAUUCUCAGAUUCAACUAUGGCGGACGAAGCAAAAGCUAAAGGAAACGCAGCUUUCUCCUCCGGUGACUUCAAUUCCGCCGUUAAUCACUUCACCGACGCAAUCAACCUAUCCCCAACCAAUCACGUUCUCUUCUCUAACCGUUCCGCUGCUCACGCGUCGCUUCAUCACUACGAAGAAGCUCUCUCAGACGCGAAGAAGACUGUUGAACUUAAACCAGAUUGGGGAAAAGGUUAUAGCCGUCUUGGUGCUGCUCACUUAGGUCUAAAUCAGUUCGAUGAAGCCGUGGAUGCGUAUUCUAAAGGGCUUGAGAUUGAUCCAAGUAAUGAAGGUUUGAAAUCGGGUUUAGCUGAUGCGAAAGCUUCUGCUUCUAGGUCACGCGCCGCUGCGCCGAAUCCGUUUGGUGAUGCUUUUCAGGGACCGGAGAUGUGGACGAAAUUGACGGCGGAUCCUUCUACUAGAGGGUUUUUGAAACAGCCUGAUUUUGUUAAUAUGAUGAAGGAGAUUCAGAGGAAUCCUAGUAAUCUCAAUCUUUAUUUGAAAGAUCAGAGAGUUAUGCAAGCUCUUGGAGUUUUGUUGAAUGUUCAAUUCAGGACUCAGCAGGCGGGUGAUGAUAUGGAGGUUGGUGAGGAAGAGAUGGCUGUGCCUUCGAGGAAGGAGCCUGAGGUAGAGAAGAAGACACGAGAACCUGAGCCUGAGCCGGAGUUUGGAGAAGAGAAGGAGAGGAAGGAGAAGAAGCUUAAAGCUCAGAAGGAGAAAGAGUUGGGGAAUGCUGCGUAUAAGAAGAAGGAUUUUGAUACUGCAAUCCAGCAUUACUCUACGGCUAUGGAGAUUGAUGAUGAAGAUAUCUCUUACAUCACUAAUCGUGCUGCUGUUCAUCUGGAGAUGGGAAAGUAUGAUGAGUGCAUCAAGGAUUGUGAUAAGGCUGUUGAAAGAGGUAGAGAGCUUAGGUCUGAUUACAAGAUGGUGGCUAAAGCUUUGACUAGGAAAGGAACUGCCUUGGGGAAGAUGGCUAAAGUCUCAAAAGACUAUGAACCUGUGAUUGAGACUUACCAGAAAGCUCUUACAGAGCAUCGUAACCCUGAAACGUUGAAGAGACUGAAUGAGGCAGAGAAAGCAAAGAAAGAGUUGGAGCAGCAAGAGUAUUAUGAUCCUAAUAUUGGCGAUGAGGAGCGUGAGAAAGGUAAUGAGUUUUUCAAGGAGCAAAAGUAUCCUGAUGCUGUGAGACAUUACACUGAAGCGAUCAAGAGGAAUCCAAAAGACCCGAGAGCAUAUAGCAACCGGGCUGCAUGUUACACUAAACUGGGGGCAAUGCCCGAAGGUUUAAAAGAUGCAGAAAAAUGUAUCGAGCUCGAUCCAACAUUCUCAAAGGGAUACAGCAGAAAAGGUGCAGUCCAAUUCUUCAUGAAGGAGUAUGACAAUGCAAUGGAAACGUACCAGAAGGGUCUCAAGCAUGAUCCUAAUAACCAGGAACUUCUUGAUGGUGUUAGAAGAUGUGUACAACAGAUAAACAAGGCAAACCGUGGCGACCUUACUCCUGAGGAAUUGAAAGAAAGACAGGCUAAGGGAAUGCAAGACCCAGAAAUCCAGAACAUUCUCACAGAUCCUGUAAUGAGACAGGUACUGUCUGAUCUCCAGGAGAAUCCAGCAGCAGCACAAAAACACAUGCAGAACCCAAUGAUCAUGAACAAAAUCCAAAAGCUUAUCAGCUCAGGAAUCGUCCAGAUGAAAUAAACCUAGAAGCGAAGACAUUGAUUUCAA